GACUAAGUGAGGCGAUUUGGGAAAAUAAAGUUCCGUUGAGUUGCUGGAUUGUGUGUGAUCAUAUAUAGCACCUGCUGUCCACGUAAUCUAUCGGAUGGACAGUUACACAUAUCAUCAGUCCGCUAACAGACACAACACGUCUCAGUGAUGCUGGCAAGUUAAACUCUACCGGUAUUGGCCAAGCUGUACUUUAUUUCCGAGGCAGCAGAUUCGUUUACCCCGGAAGCUUACAGAAUAUAUUUUGAUGUCAUCCUGAAGUGGGGACAUCGCAUAGUUGGAGAGAGAGAAUAUCGAACACAUGGCAAGAUGGAAGACGGGAGGAAAAGUUUGACUUUCCAAAUGCAAAUUGGUCUUACUCGAGACCAAAUAAAUGUGGAUGGGGAAUUGACUUUAGCGAGCUUGAAAGACAUCGCAUGUUCAUUUGUGGAUAGAAAGCCUGUAACCCCAAAUAAUUUCCCUGAGCAUGGUUUUUAUGGCCUGGUGGACAAGAUUCUUCUCUUCCGCCAUGAUGUCAGUAGCGCCAAUGUUCUCCAGAUGAUCAACUCUCCAGCCGAUGUAAAGGAAGGAUGCUUGGUGGAAGUCGUUUUGUCUGCCCAGACCACGAUGGAGGACUUGCAGAUUCGGCCCCACCUACUGUUUGUUCACUCUUACAAGUCGCCACACUUCUGUGACUUCUGUGGGGAAAUGCUCUUCGGACUUGUUAAACAAGGUCUGAAGUGUGAAGGGUGUGGCUUGAACUUCCAUAAACGCUGUGCCUUCAAGAUUCCCAACAAUUGCUCAUAUGAUCGGCAGCGACGACCAUCAACCAGUAGUCUAUCAUACUCAAUGAGAGAAAAAGUGGACAUGAACACAAUGCCAGAUGCAGGAAGUCAGACUCUAGCAGUACCAAAUCAACAGUCCCUCCCCCUGGUGGGAGAACCACGCAGCAGUCGCUCCAAGUCAUUAGGGGGGCGACCGAUCUGGAUGGAACGAGAAUUGUAUGGGCGCAUUAAACUCAAAGUGCCUCACACAUUUAAUGUCCACAACUACACCCGCCCGACUAUCUGUCAGUGGUGUCGUCGGUUACUCAAGGGACUCUUCAGACAGGGCCUACAGUGUAAAGAUUGCAAGUUUAACUGCCACAAAAAGUGUGCACAAUAUGUUCCUAAAGACUGCACCGGAGAAAUGCUACAGUAUGAUGGGGCCCCUGAACCUAGUGAGAUGGGAGACACAAAUUGCACUAUUGAUACAGACAACACAGAUACUCUUUCUUUCUCAUAUGAGGAGGGAUCUCCACCAGAGGAGGAAGAGGAGUCAGACCCAAAACCUCCUCUCAGCCCAACUGGUAGUAACAUUCCACUACAGAGAAUUGUGCAAUCAAUUAAACACACAAAGAGGACUGGGUCCAAAAUAAUCAAGGAAGGAUGGAUGGUUCACUAUUCAGACCGCAACGCACAGAGAAAGAGGCAUUACUGGAAGUUGGACUCCAAGUCUAUAACUCUGUACCAGUCAGAAAAUACCAGUAAAUACUACAAGGAAAUACAACUGGCAGACAUAUUGUGUAUAGAGCAAGCCAAAGUGAAGCAGCAUGUAGAUAUGACCAAGGCUCCUAAUGUGUUUGAGAUCCGACUCCAGUCUGCAACUUAUUUUGUCGGGGAGGAUCCGACCUUCAACGGUCGUGAGGGAAACAUUGUGGUGUCGUCAGAAAGUGGAAGUGGACUAGAGCAGGCGCGGUAUUGGGAACAUGCUAUUCGUCAGGCCCUCAUGCCGGUCACUCCCACAACCAGUGUAGUAGGAGAAAAACCAGGUCAGCAGGGCUCUGGGACAGAUGAACAACAGUAUUUUGUUGUGCAGGACAUUAGCCAACUCUACCAGAUCUACCCGGAUGAUGUUCUCGGCUCAGGACAGUUUGGUAUUGUCUAUGGAGGGAAACACAGAAAAACCAACCGGGAAGUGGCCAUCAAAGUGAUAGAUAAAUUACGAUUCCCUACAAAACAGGAGGCUCAACUUAAAAACGAAGUGUCAAUUUUACAGAACCUACACCAUCCAGGGGUAGUCAACUUGGAGAAGAUGUUUGAAACUCCAGAACGGAUAUUUGUUGUGAUGGAAAAGCAGAAGGGUGAUAUGUUAGAAAUGAUUCUGUCUAGUCCUAAAGGUCGACUCAGUGAAAGGGUUACCAAGUACCUUAUAUCUCAGAUUUUGGUUGCCCUUAAACACCUACACUCCAAACAUAUAGUACAUUGUGAUCUGAAACCUGAGAAUGUUCUGUUGUCAUCAGAGACUGCCUUCCCUCAGGUGAAAUUAUGUGAUUUUGGUUUUGCACGUAUCAUUGGUGAAAAGUCUUUCCGAAGAUCUGUAGUAGGCACCCCAGCCUACCUAGCUCCAGAAGUGCUCAAGAGUAAAGGCUAUAAUCGCUCUCUAGACAUGUGGUCAGUAGGAGUGGUCAUCUACGUCAGUAUUAGUGGAACAUUCCCUUUCAAUGAGGAUGAGGAAGUGAGUGAUCAGAUACAGAAUGCCUCGUUCAUGUACCCUCCCAACCCCUGGAAGGACAUCUCCCAGGAAGCUAAAAGUUUUAUCAAGCAAAUAUUUGUUACAAAUUUGCAAAAGCGACCUCCAGUAUACCAGAUAAUGACACAUCCGUGGCUCGUACAGGAUUACCAGACUUGGUGUGACCUACGGAAGCUAGAGGAAAUGGUAGGCCAGCGUUACCUAACACAUGAGUCCGAUGAUGACCGUUGGGAACAAUACCGAAAGGAGCGCUCCCUCAAAGUUUGGAAGGACAUUGGGAUGAAAGGUGUGAAUGAGACAUAUAAUCUGAGUAAAUCUCGCAGUGAACGUGUCAGUACUGGUGGUGCUUCUUGAUGUGGUGCUCUUCAUCUUGAUAUUGUAAUACUGUUCCCUCCAGUCACCCACAGGGCCACGCCCACUCGGUUACUCGCCUGACCACGCCCAUAUGACCAAGCCUACGACAAACACAGCAUUUACUCCAUCCAGCCACCUUGUCCUGUUUUCUACAGCUAUUUGUAAUGCAACUAUUUUUCUCAGUAUGGAUUUUUUUCUCUAUUUGCAUGCUUAUUGAAAUACCCCCCGAAGAUGAUGGAUUUUAAAGGUGCUGUACCCACCCUAUACAAGAUAAAUGUCAAUUUGAGCUUCCUUUUUUGUAUGCAGACGUUCUCCAGAAAGGAUUUACUUCUGAAUCAGUUUGUAAAUUUUAUUGCUAAAAAACGAUAGCAGUACUAAGUUUUAGGGAAACGUUUACCAUGAUGUUACAGGAAUCAAAAGUAAUUUUUAGACGACAACCUUAUGAAACAGGUCUUUUUACAUAAGUAGGCAGCAAGCAGUGUUUAUAUACUUCCACAAUUAUGUAAUGAGCUCCGUUUACAGAAGCUACAAGACAGGUCAUGUUUAGAAUUUGGUAAAGAACUUGUAAUGAGCAUUGUUUUCAGAAGCUACUUGACAGGUCAUGUUUAGAAUUUGGUAGAGAACCUUUUUGAAGAAUUCAAUAGUUACAAGCUCUAUUGACAGAAGUUAUAAGAGCUCAUUAUGCAGAAGCUUGUAGGAAGCUCUGCUGAAGUUGGCAGCAAGCUGUACUUACUGAGCUAGCAGUAGGGACAGCUGAAUGGCUAUGGCAAUGACAAUUUCAUUAAAAGAAAUUGAGAUAAAUUAAUCAAUUAUUAUUGAAAUUUUAGGGAUGAAAUUAUAUUUUAUUUCAUUGUUAUUUGCAUGAAAAAUUAUCUUUUAGCAUGCCUUUCAAAUAAGAAUACCUCAACUAUUUUGUCUCAGACUUCUUAAUGAAUAUUGUGUGGAUGGAAGAUGUAUUUUUUAAUUUAGCAUGUCUUUCCUAUAUAUUAAGAAAAUAUUGUUAUAUUUCUCUUGUUGCCUACCUUACAAAGUUAUAUUUUUAAGUGAUUACCAAUUUGAAAGUAAAUGUUUUAUUGUAUUGAUUUAAUCAGACAAGCAAAUUUUACAGACAAUUGUUUAGACACCAUCCUGGUUGUGGAGGAUGGUACCAUGGCCUGGCACAUCAAUGUCACAUAAUUCAGCAGUCCAGAAAGUAGCUAAUUAAAACCCCCUGUCUAAUCUCUACAGCUGAAGUUGAUGUACCCCCUUAUCUUAACAUUUAUUACAUUAUUAACAGACUGGUAUUGUCCUCAAUCUUAAACCUGCCUGUGUGUCGGGGUAGAUGUGUCUGGCUGUGUUGAUAUAAAGUUAUUUGUUACACAGUAAGACCACACAACCUGGUUUCCCUUCAGUGGUUUUAUUAUAGUUCUGUUAUGACAAACUUUUAACUUCAUCUGUGAUAGCUUCAGUCUUUUUUUUAUUAAUUUUCUAAUUGGAUGGAAAGAUCUUUAAUAGAACACAUUUUUAUAGCUGGGGAGAAGUGUUAGCCUACAAUAAAGCUGUCAAUCUCCAUAUUAGACAUCUUCUCCAGCAUUAUCAAGGACUUUUCAGAUUAGACAGCCUGGCAGGAGACUAAAGGCCUUUACUACAUAGGCUAGGCGAGGUGUGAGGCAGCCUGGCAGGACAAUAAAGGCCUUUACUACAUAGGCUAGGCGAGGUGUGAGACAGCCUGGCAGGACACUAAAGGCCUUUACUACAUAGGCUAGGCGAGGUGUGAGGCAGCCUGGCAGGACAAUAAAGGCCUUUACUACAUAGGCUAGGCGAGGUGUGAGGCAGCCUGGCAGGACACUAAAGGCCUUUACUACAUAGGCUAGGCGAGGUGUGAGGCAGCCUGGCAGGACACUAAAGGCCUUUA